GUCAAGCCGCUCCUCUUCACCGUGGGGUUCACAGGCUCUGCCUUCGCAUCCGCCGCCAUCUGGCAGUAUGAGUCGCUCAAGUCGCGGGUCCAGACCUAUUUUGAGGAAGCCCGAGCAGACUGGUUGGAUAAAAUACGGCCGCAGAAGCGGGGGGACUUCAGAAAGCAGGUUAACAGAUGGUGGAAUAACCUGACUGAGGGUCAGCGGACUGUGACAGGUAUUAUAGCUGCAAAUGUCUUUGUAUUCUGUUUAUGGAGGCUGCCCGGUAUGCGACGGAUUAUGUUUACGUAUUUCACCUCAGAUCCAUCCUCUAGAGCCCUGUGUUCUCCCAUGCUGCUAUCUACGUUUAGUCACUUCUCUCUAUUCCACAUGGCAGCAAACAUGUAUGUGUUAUGGAGCUUUUCUAGCAGCAUUGUCUCUCUUCUGGGAUGUGAGCAGUUCAUUGCAGUGUAUCUUUCUGCUGGGGUUAUCUCCACUUUUGUCAGUUAUGUUGCUAAAAUGGCCACUGGAAGGUUUGAACCGUCCCUUGGAGCUUCAGGAGCUAUAAUGACUGUCCUUGCAGCCGUAUGUACCAAGAUGCCAGAAGCAAAGCUAGCCAUCAUAUUUCUUCCAAUGUUCACAUUUACAGCAGGAAACGCUUUAAAAGCCAUAAUUGCAUUUGACACUGCUGGGCUUGCUCUAGGCUGGAGACUUUUUGACCAUGCUGCACAUCUUGGGGGAGCUCUCUUUGGAAUGUGGUACGUGACUUACGGCCAUGAGCUCAUAUGGAAGAACAGAGAACCACUGGUGAAAGCUUGGCAUGAAAUGAGGACAAAGAACACAGGAAAAGGAGGAGGUGGAAGAUCUAACUGAUUCCAAUCCUAGAUAUUCCUUAUGCCCUAUAGUGGUAUAUUACUUGAAGACAUGGGAUUGAAUUGGUUUCAAAGUUUUUUUGCUACUCCACAUUAAGCCUCUAAGGAGCUGAAGUUUCUAAUGUAAACUACAGUUACGAAAAUGCAUAUCCAUAGAAAAUGAACUCUUGACAAAGGUGGAACAAUAAAGGUUUUUAUCUUACUGCGCUCUGAGAUAACAGUCUACAUUACAUUUUUAAAGGAGGAAUAAAAAGCUUUCCAAUGAAGUGACCAAAGGCUCUGUGAAAAAACUUCAAAGUGGGGUACAAUUAGUUAAUACUUAGGAAGAUAAACAUUUUUAAAACUGCAGAAGUUAAUGGAUCACACAUCUCCCGAAUAUCCACCAAACUUAAGUGCUUUCCUAGAAGGCACGCGUUAAACACGUUGGACUCAACUUAAGGCUAAUGCGGUGAAGUUCAGUGGUCUUCAUUGUUAAAAAAAUUGGAUAAGCCAAUUGUCUCUUUUGAUCUUAAACUUGAAAUACAUAAAGCAAUACUGGAUUGUUUGCCAAAGCUUACAUACUGGUUAAUGGUCCAGCUUUAUUUGUCAGGUGUGGCUUAUUCAACUUAUGUUUUUCAUUUCUAUCUGCUGCCAAGAUGCUGUUACAUCUGGUUAGAAUUUACUACAAUAACACUUUUCCUUUUUCAUAAUCACUUGCUAUGGAAGAAUGACUUACACUGUGGUUUUGGGUAUUUUUUUUUUUACCAUGAGUUACACUGCUUCCUCUAU